CUUAUAAUGAUGUAUACAGCUUGGCCUCAUUCUCUCUCCGCAAGCUCACGUCGGAUGCAGUGUUGAGCGUGCAUGGAGGGGAAGAAGUCUAGAUGACAUGCAAUACUUGAUGCCGCCGCUUGUUGAGUCUUCCGUGGCAACGUGGAGUUGUUGAUAGGAUCGCGCCAAAAGCAACGAACACGGGCCUCUCAGCCUGAUACCUCGCUAGUCGAGGGCGCGCUCAUUCCAGGCGAGGAAUGAACCUCGGCUCACGCACACCUAGAGCCUACGAGUGUCAGAAAGGUUCACCUGCAGGCGCUCAACCCGACCACCUGCUGCAACAGCACCGAAUCGACAGCCUGCCUGCAAGUCAUUAGCCUGUCAGCGAACAUGGGCGGGCGCGACCAAGCUGAGCUGGGAAAGGCGUGCAUCGGUGCGCUGGAGCUUCGACAUAACAUGCUGGACGAUUCAUUAUCCGAGAGCGAAGAGAUGAUCCGGCUCGCUCGCGCUGCGCUCGACAAGGUGGAAGAGAUCGUGCAGGCGAGUCUCGUUCAACAUCAGGUAGCAUCGACAAGUGAGGCUCCUCCGCCAAACUCGCUCAAAGGCUUCGACACCCUACCACGAAAGGCACGUGAUGAGCUCGAAGGCGUCCAGAGGAUGAUUAACGACAUCAUCGCUCGGGUACGGAGCGACAAGAUGCGAUCUGCUCAGCUGCGCUCGACCCUCUCCAGCAUGAAGGCCGCCGUCGAAAGUGUUAAUGCAACAGAUUCUUCUGCGUCUAUCUUUUUUCGCGCUGCCAAUGGCGCCGGAUCGACGGAUUCAGCCGUCGCAUCGAGCUCAAAAAUGGUCUUGCCUUCUCCCGAUCUGUCGAGCGACAGUAGCCUUACAACCAAUCUGGAAAGCUCCGAUACGCUUGCCUCCGAAUCGCCGCCUGAAGUCUUGGAGCUUUCAAGGCUCCCUGGAGUCGCAAACUUCUUUCAAGUGGACUGAGAACGGACAUGGAGACUCAACGCGCCCAGGCGAGUACUUACGCGGUCAAGUCUUAACCCUCCCGCCAAUCCACUGCACAUAUGUGACGUUGGCGCCGAGACUCGAGAGGCGCCACCGCCCCACUGCACAAGCCAUCAGUUUUUCCUUUCGCAUUGCUCACAUCUCAGCAAGUUGAUCAUGAUCAUUUCUCAUUGCACGGCAAAGUUACAAAAUCAAGCAUAUGUACACUAGAGAUUCCGUUUAACGAGCAAUACCCAUGCCUUUGAACCCUGCGUCAGC